UACACACCGAUCUGGUCUGGCCAGCAUAUUUCCCAUUCAUACCUACUGAAGUAGGGGCCCCACAGAGGUAGUCCACCCCAAUCCCCGGGAUGCCCAGCAGAACUGCCCGCUAUGCUCGCUACAGCCCCAGACAGCGGCGGCGGCGGCUGUUGGCCGAUCGCAGCGUGCGUUUCCCUAAUGAUGUUCUCUUCUUGGACCACAUCCGUCAAGGCGACCUGGAGCAGGUGGGGCGCUUUAUCCGGGCUCGGAAAGUCUCCUUGGACACUAUCCACCCCUCAGGCCUGGCUGCUCUGCAUGAAGCUGUGCUCUCUGGAAACCUGGACUGUGUGAAGCUGCUGGUCAAAUAUGGUGCGGACAUUCACCAGCGAGAUGAGACUGGCUGGACACCUCUGCAUAUCGCUUGCAGCGAUGGGUACCCUGAUAUAGCCAGGUAUCUCAUCUCUUUGGGAGCAGACAGGGAUGCAGCCAACGACGAUGGCGAUCUGCCCUCCGACCUUAUUGACCCAGACUUUAAGGACUUGGUGGAACUCUUCAAAGGAACCAGCAUGGACUGAGGGACUGAGCCAGCCCUUGGGUUUGUCCCAGGGGCCAAGGUGUGCGCACUGAGCGUGCCAGGGAGGCAGCCAGGAUGCUAGGACUUGUCGUGGGGCACGACUUCCCAUGCCCAUUUCUCUGGCCUGACUUUUUCUUCAGGUUUUGCUUUUCUGUUUGUUUUUAACUUUUUUAUGAUGAUACUUUUUACUUUUUCAAUAAACGUGAUUCCCAAGCUGU